AUGAUUCUCUCUCUCUCCUCUCUGAAUACAUGUAUAUGUGUGUGUGUCUCUCUCUCCUCUCUGUGUGUGUUACUCUCUCUCUCCUUCCUCUGUGUGCACCUCUCUCUCCUUCCUCUGUGUGUCACUCUCUCUCUCCUUCCUCUGUGUGCACCUCUCUCUCCUUCCUCUGUGUGCGUGUGUUUCUCUCUCUCUCUCUCUCCCCUCUGUGUGCGCAUGUUUUUUCUCUCUCUCUCCCCUCUGUGUGUGCGUGUUUUUCUCUCUCUCUCCCCUCUGUGUGUGUGUGCGUGUUUCUCUCUCUCUCCCUCUGUGUGUGUGUGUGUUUCUCUCUCUCCCUCUGUGUGUCUCUCCUCUCUCUCUCUCUCUCCCUCUGUGUUCUCUGUUUUCUCUCUACCCUCUGUGUGCGUGUGUUUUUCUCUCUCUCCCCUCUGUGUGCGUGUGUUUCUCUCUCUCUCUCUCCUCUGUGUGCGUGUCUCUCUCUCUCCUGUGGACCUCUCUGUAACUCGUCCUUCCUUCAUUGAAUUACCUAGGUCUCUUGUGGAGACAGUCUCAAACUGGAAUCUGCCAAUGCACUACUGGCUCAAAAUCUACAUCUUCAAGAAUGCUCGUCCUUUAGGAAACUUUGCUGCUGUACUAUUGACUUAUGGUGCCAGUUCCUUACUACAUGGUUUGAAUUUCCAACUUGCAGCUGUGUUACUCUCUUUAGGAUUUUACUCUUAUAUCGAACAUGGUAAGAAUUUUUACACUCAACUUAAUUCACUUUUUUUAAACAUUAUUAUUUGA